AUGGAACAGCUCACCCAGUUUUUCGGCUCUGUGGCCCGUGGAGUCUCCGCUCUGAUGUCCAACGCUCCGACUGAAGGAACCACAAAGGCUGCACUUCUGCCCUUCUUUCGGGACACCGAUGGCCGAACCGAGUUCAAGGUGUUCCCCAAUGAGACUCGAUCCCAGGACGGCACCCCAGCAGGGCUUGGGUCGAAUCUGUCAUUCCCUAUGGGUACCAUAGACGAUGAGGGCGACGCAGCUAAAUCAACUCCUAGGCGAUUGAUCACCCACAGCUUGGGGCAGGACUGCCUACUGGUCGUUCCCGAAGGCGCCAAGACAAUCACGGCCUACGACGCGUGGGGAGCGGAAGACAGCCCAGCAGGGGUUACGACCCUCGUCUUCAUCGAUCUCGGUGAUGGCUUUCCCACGGACACGGUGUUCCCUGAUUACCAGGCCGGGAUGACGAUCGAGAUCGCAGCGGUGAAGACUUGCCAAGCGUGGCCCAUGUCCGCUGUCAUCCUCUCACGCGACUGCCGUCCUGACAGCAGCACUCUCUCACCGGAGCUGGCCGCGUUCACCCGCGACUACGAGUCCUGCAACAGCACCAAAGCCGUCGGUGAGGCUGUGAGAGACCGGGCUGGGUAUCGAUUCGCGGCGGCAGAAUGGGUGCUUCGAACCGUGGCCCGGCAGGCAGCCACUGAUGGGACCAUCUGA